UUCCUGCCGUGACGCUGCAGAUAGAAUCUGGUGCCGCCUGUGUGGUGCUCUCUGUUUCAUCUUCCGAUGAGGAUGGUGGGCGUAAAGCUGAUCGUCAACGACACCGAGUUCCAGCCUGAGCUGAGUGCGGUCGGGUCCCGCCUGGCCGUGGUGAAAUUCACCAUGCGGGGAUGUGGCCCUUGUUUGAGGAUAGCCCCAGCUUUCAGUGCUCUGAGUAACAAAUAUCUUCAGGCAAUGUUUUUGGAAGUGGAUGUGCAUCAGUGCCAGGGAACAGCUGCUACCAAUAAUAUAUCAGCAACGCCAACAUUUUUGUUUUUUCGCAACAAAGUACGAAUCGACCACUAUCAAGGAGCAGAUGUUGUAGGGUUAGAAGAAAAAAUUAAGCAGCACCUGGAGAAUGAUCCUGGAAACAAUGAAGAUACAGAUAUCCCCAAAGGAUAUGUAUGUAUGGAUUUAAUGGCAUUUAUCAAUAAAGCUGGCUGUGAAUGUCUUAAUGAAAGUGAUGAGCAUGGAUUUGAUAAUUGUUUACGUAAAGAUUCUACCUUCUUGGAAUCAGAUUGUGAUGAGCAGCUGCUUAUUACUGUUGCUUUUAGUCAACCAGUCAAGCUUUAUUCUAUGAAACUUCAGGGGCCAGAUAAUGGGCAAGGUCCAAAGUACAUAAAAAUCUUUAUCAACCUUCCUCGAUCUAUGGAUUUUGAAGAAGCAGAAACAAGUGAACCAACUCAAGCCCUGGAGCUAACACCAGAUGAUAUUAAAGAAGAUGGCAUUGUCCAGCUUCGCUAUGUUAAAUUUCAGAACGUUAACUGUGUAACUUUGUUUGUCCAGUCCAAUCACGGUGAUGAAGAGGCAACAAGAAUUACAUACUUGACGUUUAUUGGAACUCCAGUCCAAGCGACAAAUAUGAAUGACUUCAAGCGAGUACGCUAAUACCGCCGUCUGUUCCCAGACACUCCUAGGCGGAGAAUGUGGUAGUUGGCAAAAAAGGAGAGAGCCACUAGGAUGCGCAAGACACUGGAAGGCCUUAUUCCAAUCAACUGAGAUCUUCACUUCUAUCUACAACUCCCAGAUAAUUGCUUGACCCUAGCCAGAGGAUUUCAUUUAAUGCCAUUACCAAUAAAUUACUGUUUUUGUUGAGAUGGAGUUUCAGUAGUGUGACUGUUGUAGUCCUCGUUAUGUGUAUUUGUAAAUAAAAUUAAUUGCUUUUGUCAACAUUAAAUUUGUUAUUCUGCUAA